ACAUAAAUAUACAGUCCAUGUGGUUGUAGAAGCUAAAUGAAUGAAUGAAGAUUUAUUCACGUUUUCAUUUAAUUCCUUCCAAUCCUUAAACCAUACUCAUGCCAAAAUGGAAAUAUUAGUCGCUGUAAUUUCCCCUGUUCACACUGGUCAUUAGAUUUUAACGGAAGAGUUGGUGGACAAUCAUUCAAGUCAGCAGCCUUAAAUGUGUGUGGUCCCUGUUCCUCACUGUGUAACAGAUUACCUGUACACCGUGACCUGCUCCCUGAGCAUGCCGCCGUCAGACAGCAACGUCUCCUACUGGCUCACUUUCCAGAAAAGGGAGAAGGAAUGGGUGUGUAUGCUGACAAAUACAGAUGGGGGCUACUUCUGCUCCUUUAAAAGAAGCGAUCCAAGGUUUAAUGAUCAGGAGGCUCAUAAAAUCUCACUUUGUUCCAACCAAACGGAUGGGUCUAAAAGCUGUAAAGAGCUGGUUGAUGAAUACAAACCUUUGGACCACAUUAAACCAAACGCACCCUGCUGCCUCACAGUCCGGCACAACGCAAGUCAACACCACUUCACCUGGAAAAGCACCUAUGAGGAAUUUGCUGAUUCCACCGAUCUGGUCGGCAGUCUCAAGUUUCAGCUUCAGUUUUACAGAAAAGGAAACGCACAAAACGUGUCAACAUUUCCCGUCACCAAUCUGGAUUGUUCAGUGGAUGAUCAAAAUUUUGAUCCAGACACCGAGUACGCGGCCAGAGUGCGGACCAGUCCUGAUCAGCUUUACAAAGGAGAGUGGAGCGACUGGUCUCCUGAAGUGUACUGGAAGACAGAGGCAGCUGUGAAUGAUCCCCCACCAUACACAUUUCUUUUGGGACUGGGCAAGGUGCUCAUCUCCUUAUUUGUGCUGAUGCUAUUCACCCUCAUUUUCGUCUGGGCUCCUGUUAAAAAGUGGAGAAAAGGGGCUUUCAUCCCAACUCCAGCACCCUACUUCCACACCCUGUACAAUGAAUACCAGGGAGAUUUCAAGAGCUGGGUGGUGACACACGAACACACGGCCGACGUGCUGAAGGCGGAGGAAACGCUUCAAAUCGACACGCUCACAAAGUGUGAAGUGGUGGAAGAGAAUGAAGAGUGUCAGCCCCAGGUUUUCCACCACUUCAGGGAGGGAAGCAUCUACAGCAACAUAUCGGACCCCGGCUGCGAUGCUUCGAUGCUGGGGGUCCCGUACGCUGUGAGCACCCUCCCACCAAGGUACCCCGCUGAAGGAGACUCGGGGUGCUGGCUGGAGAGGGACCCGCCCUGGUACUGCAACGAGUACUGCACCAUGAGCGCCUUCCAGCAGGGAAGCCCCGUCACAGCAGAGGAUCAUGGGAGCUUAAAAUCCCACACCUGCCCCACAGGGAUCAUCAGAGAGGAGGCCGCGACUGAAGCAUGAGCUCUGUGUAGUUACUGUGACGUGAACUUUGAAAGUUCAACGACACACAUUUACACAUGUAAAGUGCUUCAAAAUAAAACAGUACAUUCUUA